AUGUUCUCUACUUUAUUUGCUUAUCGAUUUUUUAUUACUGAUAUUGCAAAACAAUUAAAAAGUGAAUAUGAAAAAUUAAUUCGAACGAAUCGUAGUUCGGAAAAUAUUUGUGUUUAUCGAGGCCAAGCAAUUGGAAAUAAUGAACUUGAACUAAUGAAAAAUAGUGUUGGAGAAUUUUUAUCGAUGAAUUCAUUUUUUUCAACUAGUCUCAGUCGUUCAACUGCACUUAAUUUUGCCCUCUUAUUACCAAUACUUAAUAAUUUUCAACAACGAAUCUUAUUUGAAAUAACAAUAGAUUCAAAAUUACAAACAAAACCAUUUGCAUAUGUUAAAGAAAUGAGUUAUUAUAAAAAUGAGGAUGAAGUUUUAAUUAUGCUUGGUGCAUUUUUUCAUAUAGACAAAAUUUCUCAUGAUAAAAAAAAUAAUAUAUGGAUAGCUUAUUUAUCAUUGGCUGAAGAAAGUGAUUAUCGUUUAAAAGAUAUAUUUGCUCAUAUGAAAGAAAAAAUUGGUGAACAAACAAAUUUAGCAUCAUUAGGUAAAAUUCUUUUUGAAAUGGGAGAAUAUGAACAAGUUGAAAAAUGUUAUCAACAUAUGAAAUAUGAUGCACAACUUGAUCUUAGUGCUGCACAUUCUGGAUUAAGUAAAGCUGCUUUAGGUCAAAAUGAUCUUAUUAAAGCAGCUAAUUAUGAACAACAAGCAUUAGCUAUAAAAACAUCGAUUUUACCAAAAAAUCACCGAGAUUUAGCAGUUUCUUACAGUCGAUUAGGAAAUAUUUAUUGUAAACAAAAUGAUCAUACUCAAGCUUUACAAUAUUUAAAACAAGCAAUGAAAAUUGAAGAAAAAUUAGUUCCAUUGGAACCUCUUAUACUUGCUAAAACUUAUCAGAGAAUAGCAACUACUUAUGUUGGUUUAGAUCGUUAUACUUUAGCUUUAGAAUAUUAUAAAAAAGCUUUAGAAAUUAGACAAACAUAUUUACCUCCUAUUGAUAAGAGUAUGGGUUCGAUAUAUCACAAGAUUGGAAAAUUACAUUAUAAACAAAAGGAAUUUACUGCAGCAUUACAAUAUUAUAAAGAUGCACUUGAAAUUUACAAAAACAUUUUACCACAUAAACAUCCAAGUAUCGUUCAAAUUGAAGAAGACAUAAGCAAGUUCAAAAACAAAUGA